UUUAUUAAAAUAGUAGGAGAAGAACUAAUAGCUAUUCUUCUUUUCUUCGAUUCCAUUACAAUAAUAAGCUAAAAUGAACACAUACACACGGAUUCUAAAACCGAUCAAGAUUUAUUCGAAUAUAAUAAAUAAUAUAAAAUUUGGUUACCAAAUUACAAAAAAGGUUUUUUUGGGGUAUGGAGCUCUUUAUAUAAGUCUUUCUCACUCCUUCUCUUUCCUUUGUGAUUCAUAUCCUUCUUCUUCUCCAAGAACCUCUCUCUCUUUCUGCUUCUCUAUAUUUUAACACUUUCUUCCGAAUUUGCCCCUCAAGUUUUAUUUUAAUUGCUAAAAUGGCUGGAACCCUAGUUAACUCCGCCGGGAGAUUCUCACCGGGAAAUUGUAUUCUUCCUCAACAGAGAACAGCCAGAUUCUACAGCGGAACCGCGAGAUUUCCCACCGGAGCUCCGUCGUUUAAGGCUUCAGCUCAGACGCUUAACGCCGAGCCAGCUGUAACGGAAUCCGUUCGUCGGAGAGUUUCUAGCCUCUACGAAUUACUGAAAGUGAAUGAAACGGCGUCCUUGACGGAGAUCAAGACGGCGUACCGGAGCUUAGCUAAAGUAUAUCAUCCAGAUGCGUCGGAAUCGGACGGUCGAGAUUUUAUGGAGAUUCACAAAGCUUACGCGACACUUGCGGAUCCGACUACAAGAGCGAUUUACGACUCGACGCUUAGAGUACCACGGAGACGGGUACACGCCGGAGCGAUGGGUCGGUCGGGGCGGGUUUACGCUACGACCCGGAGAUGGGAGACGGAUCAGUGUUGGUGAUUUUAGGCUUCCUAUGAUUUUGCAGCAGCGAAAGGGCACUUUUUGACUUACUUUCCCCUUUGAUUACGUUUUUUUUUUUCCUUGUCAUAUCUUUGGAAAAUUAAGGGGAAAUUAAGUUUAAUCCGCUCUUUUUUUUUGUUUUUCUUUUAACUUAAGCAGUUAACAAUGUAUAAAGAAGUUAUGAGUAGAGAAAUGUAUAUGAUUUUAGUUUUCUCCUUUAUAAUUUUUCUUCUUUUAUCGCAUCUUUUGCUCUACUUUUCAAAUAUACACGAAACAAGUAGAC